AUGAACACUCGCCGCUGCUCCCUUCGCCGACGAUCCCGACUGUCGCCACCUUCAGCCACCACCGACGAUUCCAUCGUCCGCCGCCAACGCCAUUGGUCAGCGCCUCCGUCGUCAGCAAGUGCCGCCAGUCAGCGCUUCCCUCCAGCACCGUCGACAGCCCGUUCUCGACCAAACCUCUCGUCGCCGGAAAAACGCGCCUCGCCGCUGUCACCUGCUGCUUCUCCCUUCGCCGGCACUCUACCCCCGCUCUACUCCCCACCUAAUUCCGACCAAACCCCACCCAUCUAUUCGCCGGUAAACCGCUCGACGCCCCCAUUCCCACCCUCGCCGGAAAAUCGUGAAACGGCCAUUCCGCCUCCACAUUCCAUCAAAACUCGAAAAUUCUUGGGGCAUUCUUUACUAAACGCUCCACCAUACACCGAUCUACUAUUAAUUUGGGAAAAUCUCAUCGCCGGAAAACCGAGCUUCGCCGCCGGCCGCCGUCUGUCGCCGCCGCCGGCCGCCGUCACCAAUUUUGACCAAAAAUUUAAAAAUUUUUGUUUCUCGCCGGAGUUUCAAACGAUUCAACCUUGUGGGUCAAAUUCAAGCUUGGGGUGCGGUUUUAGCGGAUUUCUUUUCGGGUUUCGACACUCGAAAUUGGACCCAGUUUACAUCUUGCCCAAUCCAAGUAUCUCCGCCUUCACCACCAAUGUCCCCAAAACAUGGUUCUUGCCUCAAGAGUUGCCAAAUGAUGAUGCUGCAGCAACGGAUGAUGACAUGCAGGUGGACCCUGACAAUGCUGAUAGCCCAUUCGAGGCUGAAGACCAUUAUGAUCUCCCGAUCCGCCAGUUGCCACCACCUUAUCCAUGUCAAGCCUUCGGGUCACACUCUCAGCCCUCGGGAGAACACUUCCAGCCACAGCAUGAUUAUCACUCAUACCAGAAACACAAUGAGCCCGACCCCGCACACGAGUUUCCUCUCGAUAUUUACAGUCAGCUUGCUUCCUUGCGCCUCCAGGGCAACAGGAACACCGCAGCCAUCCACCGCAUUGAGGAACAACAAGCACGCACCAACACUUACAUGGAGGACCUUUGGUAUCAUUUUCAGCCCGAGGGCGGUUAUCCCCCUCGAGGGCCUCCUCCACCUUGA